AUGGUCAGUAAUUUGAAUCUCUCCAGCGGUGAGAGUUCCGGUUUUGUCAAAACAGACAACUUCAACUUUCGAAGCCUGCUGGAAAGAAGCACCUCCUCCACGGACAAGAAUACCGAUCUUGGCAGCCAGACCAGAUCCAACAAACAACGCAUAAGCAUGCUUUCGUCGAAUUCGGCUUCUCCAUCAAAAAUGAUACAAUCCGAUAGAGGCGAGUCCCCUGGACGGAGAAGAAUCGUGUCGCCGAGUUCCAGGUACUCGACACCGACUUCUUUCUCCUCCGACGACUCAAUCAGUGUUGCCUUGGUGGCUUUGAAACCACUCAACUGGUUAACUGCGUUGGCAGUCUUGGACUUGGACCAACUCUCCAGCAAUUUUCCGAUGCUCAAGAAGAACGUCAAAAACACGACAGAAUCGAAAUACGUGGUGGUGAACCCGCUGCUUCCUCUUGGACUCUGA